UUAUCAGCACGCAUGCUCUCUUUCUCUCUCAUACACACACAUACACAAUAUAACUAUUAAAACCAAUUCGUUGUCUUAGCAACGCCGAUAUCCGAGAAUCCCUUUAUCGUUAUUCGAUGGAAGCAAUGUUUAUUGAGCUAUCUAUCUAUUCAGUUCGGCGUGCGAUGACUAAUCAAGCACGUUGCACAUAGAAAUACAUAUAUCUCUUGGAGCUGUUCUUGACCAAUUACAUACAUACAUAUAUAGAUCGUAUGUGUCAAGGUUUCUUACAUUCUGUAUCACGAUCGACACUUGUAUCUCGCGUUCGCAUAUAUGUGUAUUAUGAGACUUACGUUACGCUAAGUUGAUCAUUAACUGAAAAUACAUUUUAACACGUUAUACAUACGAUCAUUUUAACACGUUUGCGAACAGCUGGAAAACAAUUAUUAAGAAAGUUAAAUUUACGAUUUCUCUUUCAUUUCAUUUUGUCGAAAUGAUUCCACGAAGGUUGCAUCGAUUCUUCAAUAACGUACCGCUUUGUUGACCGCUUUGCAACAAGGGAAAUCAUUUGCUCCUAAGAUUCACUAGGGUUAGGAUUCCCAGGUAAUAAUUGAGUAUGUAAACCAGCGAAAAUGAUUUCGAUACUAAUAUUUACAAAUAUUAUAUUAUUUAUGAUACUUAUAUCAUAAAACAAAUAGGUGAAAAAAAAAAAAAUAAAUAAAAAUAUAUGGGCAUGAGUCAAGGCAAUAAUCAAGUUCAAAAUUAUAAAAAUGUCAAAAUCAAUUCAAGUUUGUCAAAGAAAGUCGUCUAGAUGUUUACAAAUACCUUUAAAAUCGAUAGAACAAAUUUAUUUGGUUUUCUUGAUACCAACGAUAAUAAAUUGUAUUGUUUACAUCGUUCACUUUUCCGCCGAUUUAGUUGUUGCUACACAACAUUUUAGAGAGCAUAAUCCAAUAUGGGGAUCUUGUACUCUUUCUCUUAUGUAUGCUCCUGCUAUAGUAUAUUUUAUAUUAACUAUUUCAAGACCGGAUUGGUGGAUGACAGACGAUGAUAAGUUAACAAAGGGAAUUUUUAUUUGGUUCUUUCUUCAGAUAUGUCAGCUUAUUGGAUUUCCAUUUUUUGCACUUUACAGAUAUGCUGGACUUAUUGUCAUGGCAGUGGAUGCUAUCAUCUUGAAAGGAGAAAAAAGAUCUAAAACACUAAACAUUUCUGCUGCACCUGCAUCCAUUGAAUUAUAUUUCUUUUUACAAGCCUGGUUUCAAGCUGCACCUCAAGCCAUAUUCCAGACUCACUUACUUUUUAGAGAAUAUGUAGUUCAGCGCAGUUUUCAAUCAAUAACUGUACAUGUACUAUGUAUUCUUAUGUCCGUUAUGAUACUUGCAAUUGAAACAACUGCUUUCCAAAGAUUUGAAAGUCAACGAGUCAAUGGUAGAAAGCUUCCAUGGGCAAUGUGGUUAAAAAAAUAUUGCAUUGAAGAACUUCAAUAUUUUGAAGAAAAAACACCAUUACAAUUACCUAAUAUAACAGAAGAUAAUGCAGCUGCUGUUAACUCAAAAGAAGAAUUAAAUCAAGAAGAUGAAAAUAAAAAAAAAUCUACUGAAGAGAAAUCAGAAACAGAAGUAACAAUUAGUUUAGAUAGACAAAUAUCGGUAACUCCGCCAUUACCGCCGAAAAACGUUCAUGUGACACCUCCUCCUACACCUCUCAGAGGAAUUACUACAGUUGUACCAUUACCUGUACCAGAUGCACCAGCACCUCCUCGUCCAGAUUCUAUUGUGAAAACAACAGAGCAUCAGGAUUUAGAAAAUGCAAAGUCAAUUUCUAUUAUAGAACAAAAUCAAAAAUUAACAAAUAGUAAUCAAAGUUUGAAAAUUCCGAAAAGGAAACAUUCUAAUAAGGGAUUAGAUGAAGAUGAUCCAGUUGGCAAAUUUCUUUCUUUUCUUUGGUGGUUCUUUUUUAUCUUAGCACGGAUCCUUGCUAUAAGCAUAUGUUACGAGUUUUAUCCAUAUUAUUUAUUAGGCAUGCUUGGCAUCCAUUACAUUAUCAUGUUGGUAUAUCUUUUUUAUUAUGCAUCAUAUUAUGAUGUCAUCACAUUUUUCAUUAAUCUCUGGCUUGGUUUAAUUUAUAUUGUCAGUAUGAUUGAAUACAAAAUUAAAUUUAAAUAUGCAGAUAAAUGGCUAUUACCAUAUUAUAUUUUCAUUUUAAUCCAAAAUACUGUUUUUACACUGACAUGGUAUUUUCAUGCAGAAUGGGACGGAUUUUGGUAUAAUUAUGCAGUAUGUACAAUUUUUAUCAGUAUGGCACUUUGCAUUUCAUCAACUAUAGUCUAUCAUGUUCUAUUCAAACCAAAGAAACGAAGAGUAUAUAGCAGUUGACAAUUGAUAAAAACAGAAUUAUUCUGGCUAGUAGUUUUAAUAAAAAAUCUAAAUAUUAAAUAAACAUUUAAGUUUUUAUGCUUAAAAAUAUUGCAAUAGAGCAAUUGUGGAAAGAUCUCACAAUCAGUAUGACUGAAUAAAUAUAUUUCUUUAAGUUCUAAAUUAUAGCAAAUAGAAAAAGAUAGAUUAUAAUCGAUAAUGACUGUUCUAUAAUUAUAAUUGUUAGAAAAAUAUUUCAGGGGCGUAAGAUUGAAUAUU